AGCCCAUUUUCAACGUCAAGCCGCUCCGAGCGCUGCUCUCCCCGCUGCUUCUUCCAACGGUGCCUUUGUGCCCGUACAAAAGGCAGCUCCUCUCCCGGGGGUGCAGCGGCCCCGGGGGGGCUCCGGGCUCCCGGGUGGGCUCGGGGCGCUCCCGUACUGAUGUAGCGCGGCGGCGGCGAAGCCUGCGAGCACCGGGAACAGCUCCAUGUUCCCCCGAGCGCCCGACUAAAGGCGGAUGCCGCUCCCCGACCCACCGAGGCCGUCGCCGGGGGAGGUGUGACCGCGAGCCGGGCUUGGAUUGGGGGCUUCUGCCCGGCGACGUGCCCCAGGCACCGGGUCCCCUGGGCCGCGGGGCGCGAUGCAGGUGUCCAUCGCCUGCACGGAGCACAACCUGAAGAGUCGCAAUGGGGAAGAGCGGCUCAUCAGCAAGCAGAACGCCGCUGCUCCCAACGUGGUGAACGCCGCCAGGGCCAAAUUCCGGACGGUGGCGAUUAUCGCCCGCAGCCUGGGGACCUUCACCCCUCAGCACCACAUCUCGCUCAAGGAAUCCACCGCCAAGCAAACUGGCAUGAAAUAUAGGAACCUUGGGAAAUCUGGUCUGCGUGUUUCGUGCCUCGGCCUGGGGACGUGGGUCACUUUUGGAGGUCAAAUCUCAGACGAGGUGGCCGAGCAGCUGAUGACCAUCGCCUACGAGAGUGGAGUCAACCUCUUCGACACGGCCGAGGUGUAUGCGGCGGGCAAGGCUGAGGUCAUCCUGGGGAACAUCCUCAAGAAGAAGGGCUGGAGGCGCUCCAGUCUGGUCAUCACAACAAAGCUGUACUGGGGUGGAAAGGCUGAAACAGAGAGAGGGCUCUCGAGGAAGCACAUCAUUGAAGGGCUGAGGGCCUCCCUGCAGCGCCUGCAGCUGGAGUACGUGGAUGUGGUCUUUGCCAACCGCCCGGACAACAACACCCCCAUGGAAGAAAUCGUGCGGGCGAUGACACACGUCAUCAACCAGGGCAUGGCGAUGUACUGGGGAACGUCACGCUGGAGUGCUAUGGAGAUCAUGGAAGCCUACUCAGUGGCCCGGCAGUUCAACCUGAUACCGCCCGUGUGUGAGCAGGCUGAGUACCACCUCUUCCAAAGGGAGAAAGUGGAGGUUCAGCUGCCAGAACUGUACCACAAAAUAGGGGUGGGUGCGAUGACGUGGUCUCCCCUCGCCUGCGGGAUCAUCUCAGGGAAAUACGGCAAUGGGGUCCCCGAAAGCUCAAGGGCUGCCCUGAAGUGCUACCAGUGGCUGAAGGAAAAAAUUAUAAGUGAGGAGGGAAGAAAGCAGCAAACGAAGCUGAAGGAUCUCUCGCCCAUUGCAGAGCGCCUUGGCUGCACACUACCUCAGCUAGCAGUCGGUUCUUCCAAAGAUGACAUCACAUAUUGUAAACGAAAUAGAUAACAUCCUGGGAAACAAGCCCUACAGCAAGAAGGACUACAGAUCAUAAUGCAAUGCAUGUAUCACCUGGACUGCAUGGUUUGAUAAGUGCUCUGUACAGAAGUCCUGGGUUCCUAUGGGGUCAUUAGAAUCAUUCAGCAGCUUGCUGCUCGGUGUCUGCCCUUACCGGAUCCUUCCAGGUGUGCUGUUGCUACCAAUCUGCAGUGAAAUCUAAAAGCACAGUUGAUCUCCUUUACAAGCAAGGAUCAUCUUGUAUUUUCUUACCUUCGACCUAUUUGGUUAAUUUUUACUUUUCUCUUAGCACCUCAUGCUUGUGCUGUGACAAACAUGUAAAGCAAAAAACACUUUGUAACCUUCAGGUACUCGGUAAUUAAAGGAGGAUGUACAGAUCUAUUUUUUCAAUGAAGAAAAGCCAGAUACAACUUAAGGUUUUAAUAAAACCACGUUUGGGAAAUCUCAACCACAGAGUUUCUUCAGUCAGGUUAAGAGGCAGGAUGGGUAAGUUGCAAUUUUCCACUUGCUUUCUUAUGCUCAACACACGCCGUAGAUUUUGUUUGCAACUGAAUAAUGGACUUAAGUUGGAGAACUGAUGAGGAGUUACGUAGCUCAACUCCUAACUGAGCAAUGAUUUCAGCUGUGAGUGCUCUUCAGCAGUAUGUCUGAGUACAAAGCAGAAGAGCACGGUUAGGAAGCCUCAGAGUGCAUGGCAGGUCAACACCAACUGCUGUCUGCAAUGGUUUAAUUCUGCAUAAACUUCAAACCAAGAAAGCCAUGGUGAAAUGGUUUCUUUUCGUGUUUUAUAGAAACCUGCCUCUACUUUUGCCUGCUUGUAGACAUAGCUAUUGCAAUUUGAAUAUUCUUGAGCUUCUGAGGAUGUAGAUAUUUAUAUAUAAAACAUAUAGCUGCUGAAAAAUGCCAGACAAAAUUGGGUAUGUACGGUGGUGGAAGGCCACAUCUGCUUUAACUUGUUCUGGAAUCGGGCAUAAGUAAACGCAUAGUGUUUUUAGGACACAUCUCUAACAGGUAGUUCUUUUGUGAGCAUUUCGUCCCUCUACGGGAGUUGAUAGUAAACGUUUACCCAUUAAUUUGCCCAUCUUGAGAACCAUACCAUAUUUUACCAUCAGUUUGCUUUGUAAAGUGCACCUCUGAUUUCAGUAGAGCCUUCACACUGGUACUGCAUCACACACUUUAGGAACAUACUUCCUAGAGGGUACAGCUCUGUACAGUAUUUGUAGGACCCCUGUAUUCUACCCCCAACCUUCAGGAUCUCUGCUGCGUGUGCGCAGCGCUCACGUGAACAGAUGGGAAUACUUGACUCGUUUCCUCCUGUAUCUAUUCUAACAAGCUAUGGUCUGUGUAAAUGAACUUAGCUGCUGUAUAGCAAGAAAUGCAAUUCGACUUUGACUUCUGCUUGGACAAAAUAAAAGCAUUUUGUGCAACUAA